AUGAAGCUUACACUCGUCAAUUGGCUUCGAGACAAGUUCCGCAAACGCCGCAGGCCUCCAGAGGAAGACAAACCAGAAGACAACCAAGUCGAAGAUGAUCUGACCAAUCUGCCUCGCCUCCCUCUUGCUCCAUCAAAUGUCUUGACUCCAUCGCCGUCCGCUGAAUCUUUGUCCCUAUCUUUCUCCCCUCUCUUCGGGAAGCUUCCCAGAGAGCUCCGAUACGACAUCCUUCUUAGAGCCUUUGGGGGCCGCUUAUUGCACAUGGACCUAUCAUAUGUACACCCCGUUGCUCCUACAGAACCCGGACGCAUCCUCCGUUCCCACGCCGGCAUAAAUACUAAUGGCCGACUCGAAGUAAAAUGGGAUACCGCGGUACCCAAAUCCUGGCAAUGGUGGAGCUCCGUGUGCCAUCGUGUCAUGCCCAACUAUGAAAAGACAUGGAGCUUCAUACGCAUGUCUCACCCCGAAAUCCCAAGGCCCGGGGACGACCGUUGCCGUUAUGGGGACGCGCAUUUCUGUCAAAGUUGGCCUGGAACAUAUCCAUCCAAGUGCAAGAUUGGCAUCAUGGGCUGGCUUUUGUCCUGCCGACAGGCGUAA